GGGUUUUAAAAUAUUUAAUUGAAACAAAAAAUAUAAGUAUUUUAUGUAAAUGUAAAUAAUCAUAUUUAUAAACUUGAAAUAUAAAAACCUUACUCGAUUUACAUGGCAGUACUAGGAAUUACCUUUUGAAACUUUUCUGAGUUUCUGCCGCCAUUAUUGUUUUGCGCUGUUUGAGUUCCUGUUACUACCGUGUUCCCGUAUUAAUUUUCUACGACUUGGCUUUGUAAAUCUGGACUUUCUGAGAUCCGUAAUAAUUUUGUGACUUGAUUCUGUGUAUUUGGACUUUGUUUGCUGCAUUUACGUUUGACCUGGCUACGACAACGGACUUCUGAUUUUUCUUUCUCGAUUUGGGUUUCAAAACAAAAUGUCGCAAAAAACUUUUAACAAGUGCUAUUUUGGUUGUUCCUGUAAUGAUAACGAUCCUUUACACAAAUUCCCAAAUCCAAAUUCAUUGAAAUUGGAACAGAUUGAUCGAUUCAAACAAUGGAAAUCGGUGCUUAAACCAGCUGAUCAAGAAAAAGGGGAUGAUUACAUUUGUAAAAAAUUCAGAAUUUGUGGUAGACAUUUUAACAAAAGCUACCGAUUGCCUUCUCAUUAUUUGACUCAAAAUGCAGUGCCAACAUUAUUUUUAGGCCAUUCCAUGAACGCAGAAGUUGACAUAUAUUCGGACCCCACACCUGGCCCAUCGAAUUUGACAGAUGUUGUAUCUGAUUAUGUUGAACCAGCACCAAUCUACUGUACACCAGAAAAAAGGAGAUCAAUGUCAUAUAUGAAUACCAAAAAUAAAAUAAUGGACAUAACAACAAAAAGGACAAUAAUACGACUUAAAAAUAGUAUUGAAAAACUGAGAAAAAAAUAUAAACAUCAAAAAACACUUAUGCAAUGUGCAAAACAAAUCGCAAUGAAGGAGUCGUUUUUGAAAUUUGCUGAAAAGUUGCCUGAAACCUCGCGUUUAUUUACAUUGCUGCAAAUAAAAGGUUUAAAAAAACCAAAAGGCAGAAGAUUCUCUGAAAAAGAAAAAAUAAUGGGCUUAACUAUAUACAAGCAAAGCCCAAAAGCUUAUAGGCUUUUACAAAACAUGUUUGUUUUGCCCUCAAAAAGAGCAAUACAAAAAAUGCUUAGUGCAGUGACAAUUGUGCCAGGCAUAAAUAAUAUUAUAAUUUCUAAUUUAAAAAAUGCUGUCAAAAAUUUAAAUAAUGAGAGCAAAUUAGUUAAUUUGCUCUUUGAUGAGGUUUCUUUGGCUCCAGGUCUGGAAUACAACAUUAAAUUAGGUAAAAUUAUUGGUUUCGAAGACCUGGGGCCCACAUGCAGGCAAUCUCUGGCUGACCAUGCCCUUGUACUCAUGAUUAAAAGCAUAAAAAGCAAAUACAAACAACCCAUUUGCUACACAUUUUGUACAGGCUCAACAAAAGCGCCAGACUUAAAAAAAUUAAUAAAACAAUGUAUAUUGCAGCUCACAGAAAUUGGCUUAACGGUAGUAGCAACAAUAUGUGACCAAGCUACUACCAACACAAGAGUUAUAAAGAUGCUGCAAGCAGAGACCCGCGAAAAAUAUUUAAGAGCCGGGGAGGAGUACAAUUCUGGCGCUUUUGAAGUAGAGAACAUAAAGGUUUAUCCUUUAUUUGACACGCCUCACCUAUUAAAAGGCAUAAGGAAUAAUUUAUUAAAAAAAGAUGCCAAAUUCUUACAAAAUGGUGAGGUCAAGUGGGCAAAAUGGGAACAUUUGCGUAUGCUUUUAAAUGUAGAUACAGGGGAUGAUGAGAUAAGAUUGGUAAACAAAAUUACAGAAAGCCAUGUAAUUGAAAGUAAAAUUCCGAAGAUGAAAGUAAAACAUGCUGCACAAGUUUUUAGCCAGAGAGUGUCUGCAGCACUCCGAUUUUUAGCUAGUAAGUAAACAUCAACUAGUUCCUCAAUUAUAACAAUUAAUUCAGCUGUUGCUGGAUUGCCAAUUGUGCAAUUUAUUCAUUGUAAAUUCUUUUGUUUCAGAACAUGAGAUACUUCCUUCGGAAUGCCAACAAACAGCUGAUUUUUUAUUGAUUUUUGAUCAAUUAUUUGAUUCAUUUAAUGGUCAUUCUUAUCAAAUUUCGACAAAAAAAUAUAAAUCGUGUUUUAAAACUAAUUCACCGCACAUCCAACUAUGGAAUAAUUUACUGCCUGUAUUAGAAUCAAUCAAAUUUCAAUCAAUUACUCAUAAUAAUCAAGGUAAUGUAGUUAAAUUUGAAUCGAUUCCCUCAAUCAAGAAUUGGAUUAAUAAUAUUAAAACUUUUAAAGAAAUGUGGGUUGAUUUGAAUACUAAUCACAAUGUAAAUAGUUUAUUAACAAGAAAUUUUAAUCAGGAUCCAUUAGAAAAUUUUUUCAGUAGUAUUAGAAGUAAUGGAAUUAGAAAUACCAAUCCAUCAUGUAAUCAAUUCAUAAAUGCCUAUAAGACGUUGAUUAUUAACAAUUUUAAUUCACCACAUUCUCUUAAUGCUAAUUGUGAAAAAGAUAAUAAUUAUUUAUUUCAAUCACUAAAUCAUUUAAUAAAUACACCUGCAUGUACUUCCUCGAAUGAUGAUUUUGCAUGUGAAGUUGAUUCUUUGAUAACGGUGAUGGGUAACAUAAAAAGUAAUGUUAACAAUGUAGUGCAUGAUGAAUCAAAAAAAUAUGUAACUGGAUAUAUCAUAAAAAAAUGUAAAAUCAAAGUUUUUAGAAAUUGUGAAAUAUGCAUGCGUGAUUUUUGUAGCUCUACGAUUAAUAAACAAUCAUUUAAUUAUGAAAUUGAUUAUACAAAGAAAUCUUUAUUUUAUCCGAAUAAAAAAUUCAAUGAACUAAUGAAUGAAAUAUAUUAUUUGAUCGUUGCAUGCUUACGUAUAUCACCCGAAUCACUUCGUUUAAAAGACAAAAUGAAAUUCUUGUUAAAUUGUGCAUGUGACUAUAAUAUGAUUACUUGUGAUUUACACAAAUCGCAGUUGAUUGAGUUCAUUAAUGAUCUUUCGAUUAAAUUAAUUAUCCAUAGUUGGUGCACUAAUGUAAAUAGAAUUUUAAAUGGUAAAAUUACAAAUUUUGAUAAAGAUGACCAUAUAAAAUUAAAAGCUUUCAAUUAUUUUGAAAAACAUAAAAAGAAUAAAAAAUGAUAUUUAAUAUAAGUUGUUUUAUUUUGAAGUAGUAACCCUAUAACAAUAGUAAACAAAACAAAUUGAUCUAACUGUGCUCCUAAUGCAAACAAAUUUGGAGCAAGGUCAAUUUGUUUUGUUUUUAAUGAAAAUGAUUAAUAAUUAAGUAUGAAAACGGUACUACAGGGUACGCCAUCUAGUGCAUACAGGGGGUACUAAACAUUUGUGAACAGCGCCAUCUUCAGGACGUUUUAGUCGUAAAUUAUACUGCGAGCAGAGAUGCGCAUCUAUCUCAGUAUAUAUUGUAUAGUCUAUGG